AAGGGCCAGUCAUCUCCUCACAUCUUUUCUGCAUCUACCACAAUCCCCUUUAUCCUUCCUGUAUGGUGGAUAUUAUUUUCAGCUCUUCUUUCUUGGGUGAUAUGGGGGAUCAUUCCAAAAAGAAGCCAGGAUUCGCGAUGUGUGUAGGAUGUGGAAGUCAGAUCCAUGACCAGUACAUACUGAGAGUCUCUCCCGACCUGGAGUGGCACGCAGCCUGCCUGAAGUGUGCAGAGUGCAGCCAAUACUUGGAUGAGACCUGCACUUGUUUCGUCCGGGACGGAAAAACCUAUUGCAAAAGAGAUUAUGUAAGAUUGUUUGGAAUAAAAUGUGCAAAAUGCAACCUGGGAUUCAGCAGCAGCGAUUUGGUGAUGAGAGCCCGGGAUAACGUGUACCACAUCGAGUGUUUUCGGUGCUCGGUGUGCAGCAGGCAGCUGCUGCCGGGAGACGAGUUCUCUUUGCGGGAAGAAGAGCUGCUCUGCCGGGCGGACCACAGCCUGCUGCUGGAGAGGAGCUCCGCAGGAAGUCCCAUCAGCCCCGGACACAUCCACUCCAACAGACCGCUGCACCUGGCAGCAGACCCGGUCACUGUGCGGCAGGCCCCGCAUCGGAAUCACGUCCACAAGCAGUCGGAGAAGACGACGCGGGUCAGGACGGUGCUGAACGAGAAGCAGCUCCACACGUUGCGGACCUGCUACAACGCCAACCCGAGACCGGACGCGCUGAUGAAGGAGCAGCUGGUGGAGAUGACCGGCCUCAGCCCCAGGGUGAUCCGGGUCUGGUUCCAGAACAAGCGCUGCAAAGACAAAAAGAAAUCCAUCCUCAUGAAGCAGCUCCAGCAGCAGCAGCACAGUGAUAAGACUGUAAGCAUCUUCAACUUGCAGGGACUCACAGGGACGCCUCUUGUGGCCGGGAGUCCUAUUCGGCAUGAGAGCACCGUGCAGGGAAACCCAGUGGAGGUUCAGACCUACCAGCCUCCAUGGAAGGCCCUGAGUGAGUUCGCCUUGCAGAGCGACCUGGACCAGCCAGCCUUCCAACAACUGGUGUCUUUCUCUGAGUCGGGCUCUCUCGGGAACUCCUCGGGCAGCGACGUGACUUCUUUGUCCUCUCAGUUACCGGACACCCCCAACAGUAUGGUACCCAGCCCGGUGGAGACGUGAAACGGGGCCCCUUCAGACCUGUCGGUCGCCCUCCACCCCCCAACUCCUGCAAAGACAAUUGCAGCAUGA